AUGGCGUCCGGAAGCACGAAAACCAAUCCGUCUCACGUUGUGGUGAUUCCUCUUCCAAUCUCUGGCCACACUAAUCCGUUGCUCCAGCUCUCUGUGCAGCUAGCGUCCCUUGGAUCCGACAUCACAUUCAUCACAACGAGCAGCACUCUCCGAGCAUCACUCUCGGCCCUCAAUCAUCUCUGCGAUGGCGACCAAAACUUGAGGCAAGCCAUUAGAUUUCAGGCUCUGGAAGUCGAUAGAAACCGCAGCGAAGGCUAUAAGUUCCCCGAGAGCAUCGAGAUCAUGGCCAGGAACUCGGACGAGAUUAAGAAGCUCGUCGCGGCUUCUGCUCGCGAGCUCGGGCCGGUUUCCCUGGCCAUCAUUGACUUCUUGCUUGUCGAGCCUCUCGAGAGCUUAGAUUGCAACGUUGCUGCGUUUUGGACGUCGUCGGCGGCCAUGCUCCACAUCUCUGUCAACGUCGAGACGCUCCUGGAGAAAGGAUUCCUUCCGCUCUCCAGGAAUGAUCGAUCGCCCGAGAAGAAAGUGGUGGAUUCGUCCGUGAUACCAGGCGUUCCUUGCGAGCUCUCGGUUUUCACAGACAUCCCCGAGGACCCUCUGGAUCCAGUGGGCUUUAGCUCGAUGAGAAAGCUCAAAAACCCGCUGCUCAAGGCUCCAUGGCUGCUCGUCAAUACUUUGGACGAGGUGGAGGAGCAAACUUUGGGUGCUUUGCGAGAGCAGGGAUUUCGCAAGCUUGUCAACGUUGGACCUUUGCCCGUCGGGCAGGGAUCAAAUCUGGAAGAUCACACCCAAAAGGAAUGGCUCGACGCACAAGAGAUUUCAUCCGCAUUGUACGUGUGCUUUGGAACAAUGCUGGAGCUCCCGGAAGAACAAGUCAUGGAGGUCGGCUAUGGCUUGGAGGCAAGCCAGCAGAGCUUUCUCUGGGUCCUACCUGAGAGCUCCCAGCGGAAGCUCGGGGAUUUCCUCGAGGGCUUGCGGACGAGGAUUGGAAACCGGGGGUUGAUCGUGUCAUGGAGCUCGCAGAUUGAUAUUCUCAGGCACCCGAGCGUGGGAGGAUUUGUUACGCACUGUGGCUGGAACUCGACGCUCGAGAGCUUGAGCUGCGGGGUCCCGAUGAUCGGGUGGCCGAUCAUGGGCGACCAGCCCAUCAACUGUAAGUUCAUGGUGGACGUGUGGAGAGCCGGGGUGAGGAUCGAGAGCAAGAGCAGCAGCGAUGGAAGCUCCAGGAUUGUUGGAAGGGGCGAAGUCGAGCGAGCAGCCAGGAGUCUGAUGGGCAGUGAAACGCUGAGGAAACGAGCAAAGGAAAUCAAAUCCAAGGCCAUGGAGGCCAUGGAGCGCGUCGGUGGUGACGAGGGGCCUGGACGAGGCGCUAAGGAGGGGAUUCGCUUCAACGCAGGAUUUCUUGCGAGAAUUCGAGCAAAGAUGGACCCAGGCACUCCCGCAGCGGUUAUGUUCUUACCAACGGGACGAUCUUGCCGGGAGCUGCAGGGCGACGCGCAGCCAUCACCCAGACGAUCCUCGAGGAUUCGCAUCCUCGGAAAAAUGAUUAAAUCUGGAGCUCCAAGACCUCGCGAGAACAUCCAGAACGCUGCUGUAGUGAUCCUUAACGGGUCUCAAUGCAAUGAUCCGCCUCCAUGGAUGCAAAACGCUCGACAGAAUUGCUCACUCGCGCAACAAGAUGGUUGUGAGGAUAACUCUUUUGUUGCUUUUCAAGCGUCGAUGAACUCCACAGCUGGUUGUCGCUAG